AUGGCCGAGCUGCCUCUCGGGUACCGUUUCUACCCUACCGAGGAGGAGCUGGUGCGCUUCUACCUCCGACACAAGCUCGACGGCAGCCGCCGAGCCGACAUCGAGCGCGUCAUCCCUGUCGUCGACGUCUUCUCCCUCGACCCAUGGCAGAUCCCAGAGGUGCACCGGGGAGCUUGCGCCAGGCACGGGGAGCCGUGGUUCUACUUCUGCGCACGGCAGGACCAAGUGGCGCGGGGCGGCCGGCCGAGCCGAUUGACGCCGUCGGGGUACUGGAAGGUGGAGGGCUCACCAGGGUUGGUCUACUCCGCCGACGGCUGCCCCGUCGGGACCAAGAAGACCAUGGUGUUCUACCGCGGCCGCAGGCAGGCCGCGGCCAAUACUAAAUGGAGGAUGAAAGAGUACAGAGCCCUCGACGAGGAAGACGGUGCCGAUGCCGAUGCAGAUGUCGCCGCUCCGGCACCGAACCCUGUGUUCAAGGUGCGGAGCGAGUUCAGCUUGUGCCGGCUAUACACAAGUUCACGCAACCUCCGGCAGUUCGACCGCCGGCCGUGCACUGCCUUCGCCGGAGGCAGCCGCGCAUCGUCGUCCGCCGCGCCUGCAUCGCCAAAUGAAGACGUUGAAGUGGGAAGGGGUCAGAAAAGGAGAAGGCAUGCAGCUAACAUCAACACGCCGUCUAGCGACGCUUACCACCCUGUGCCGCAGCAGCAGGGAGCUCGCCGACCACAUGACCAACUGGGCAGAGCUAUUGGACUCGACCGACUGGGCAGAGCUUUUGGACUGGAUCUAAGAAAUGGAUGGCAUCUAUCCAAAACUGGAGAUUUUUAG